GAGAACACGUUGAAUUUUGUAGGUAAGCUUCAUUUGAUACUCAUCUCAACAUCCAUACGACAAAUGAGGUCAGUUGCUUCUAUUUCGGGGAGAAUUUCUGCUGCGAGCCGUGCCGCUCGCUCUGUCUGACAUUCCUUUUCUCAAACACGUUGAUUGUUGCUAUCCCGAUUCUCAGAAAUAUGUAAGUAUGCGUUUGUUCAAUGUUAUGUUUCUUAUUUCACUCUUUCCUUGAAUCCCUCCUUUUCUGAGAGUUUUCCGCGCCGGCGCAAUAUUUCACUUCAUCUGCGAAAAUGCCUUCACCGAAAGUACAAUCACGACCCUCAUGCGACGAGGAAUCUCCCCUUAUCCAUUCUUCGCGACCAAAUUUCACUGGCACACACUCCCUGGUUCAUCAAACGCAUUCUCCGCGAAUUAUUAUCUUCCUUCUUACAACGAUCGUUUUUAUAAUUGGGUUUGGAGGAUACUUAGCUUGGAUACCAUCGAUGCGCAUUUAUGAGGAUGUAUUGUGUCGUCGAUAUUAUGAAGAGUUACAAGGCCAAGGGGGAAUAGGCUUGAGUAGUAAAAUUGAUGAAGCUAGAUGCAAGGGUGAUAAAGUUCAGGAGGAAUUGAAUAUUUUGACUGCGGUAUUGGAAACGUUGAAAUCGUUACCAGGCAAGGAGGAACUCGGUGAACAAGCUGCGAGAUUAUAGCUGAUGAUAUUUAGGAAUGUUCAUGGCUGUUCCAUAUGGGCUGUUGGCUGAUAAGUACGACUUUUCUUUACCCCAAUACUCACAUUGCCAAAUUUUAUCAUCGUCAGAUUUGCAAUUUUCAUUGUGGAAGAUGUGACCUGACCUUGACAUAGAAUUGGACGUAAACCAGUCUUCGCCUUGGCAAUUCUUGGAAUCCUCCUCUCCCUACUAUUCGAAGUUUUCAUAAUGACCGAAUGGAUGAUGUUACCUAUUCGUGUGGUAUGGUUUGCACCGUUUUUACAAUUUAUUGGUGGUGGUGAGAAAACAGCCGCAGCAAUAUUUUAUGCUAUUAUCUCAGAUGUCACUACGCAAAGCGAAAGGUAUUGUUCCAAAGGAAAUCAUCCUUUCAGCGUCUCUUACUGACAAAUAAUAGAGCGAAUGUAUUCCUAUUUGGCGCAUGCGCUUCACUUUCUGCAGAACUUAUUGCACCUUCUGUAGCCGCCGCAAUCAUGGCUCAUUCUCCUUGGAUAUCAAUAUGCUGCGGAGUAUCUGUCUUAACAUCGGGAUUGUGUCUUAUUGUUUUUAUACCAGAAACACUCCAUCUUCAAGCCUCUCAUAUAUCCACACUAGUCCCCGAUAUAUCAUCCUCGCAAUACCUAAGCGAUUCCUCGUCAGAUUUCAAUGAACCCUUGAAACAAAAACCUACCUUAACUCGGCACCUCACUAAUUUUUACACCACUAGUCGACCACUUCUUACUAUCCCAGUUCUUCUCCUCCUGCUCCCAUCUAUAACCCGCGUCAUAGGUCAACAAUCCAUCGAGCUCUGUAUCCGCUACAUAUCAACUCGUUUCUCCAUCCCCCUAUCCCACGCCGCCUUAAUCCUUUCCCUCCGCGCCCUAAUCAACAUUCUCCUCCUCCUCCUCCUCAUUCCCUCCCUCUCCUCCCUCCUCAUAACCAAACUCUCCUUCUCAACAACCCACAAAGAUCUCCUGCUAGCACGUAUCUCCUCUCUCUUCCUCAUCCUCGGCGCCCUCACAAUCGCCAUUUCCCCCUCUCUUCACCUCACCAUCUUCGGUUUAAUCAUCUAUACACUAGGAACAGGUUUUGUCUCUUUAGUUAGAUCACUAAUUACGGGCUUAGUGCAGCAAAAAUAUGUAGCGAGGAUUUUUGCCUUGAUUGCUGUGGUGGAAACUUCGAGUGCGUUGACUGCUGGGCCAGCGGUGGCGGGCAUGUAUGAAUUGGGUUUGCUUUGGAGGGGGAGGUGGGACGGUUGGUUGGGUUUGCCGUUUGUGGGGUUGGCGGGGUUUGUGGGGUGGGGAGUUUGGGGUUUGGUGUGUGAGGGGUUGGGGAGGGUUAAGGACGGGGUAGAGAGGGAUGAAGAUUUGUAGUGAUGAGGUUAUGAUUGGUUAUGACUUUUCUUAAAAAUUAUUUAGAAUGGGAUGGAAUGGGGCGGAAUUUGGUGUUUGUGGUUAAGGGAUCAACUUUUGU